GUGGACCUUCGUUACAAGGCAGGCAUUCGCCAAUCCUACUUAAGCUUUUUCGAUGAUUUUAAUGCUAACUGGUCGUGUGCCAGUGGGGACUGUGGAAAUGAGAUCAGUCUAGUGAUUACGACAGUGGGGAUAUCUGAUAUAUCUGAGGACUGGUAUCAGACAGAAGGAGUCAUGACUAGACACGUCUCCAAUAACACACAGACUUUUGAUCUGCGACUGAAUGGCAGAAACUGGAUAGACAAUGAUAAUUCUGUUUUAGAUUGGAGGCUGUUGACUCAUGUGGAUCUUGGGGUCAGGUCUGACACGGGGACAGUCAACCGAUCUCCACAGACCACUGUCAUACCUCUGAUGCGUGUACCUGCUAAUUGUCAAAGAGAUUUCAACCUGUUGUCCUUUGAUCCAGAUGAGGAUAAGGUCAGAUGCAGAUAUGCAGUACCAACGGAUGAGUGUUUCACAUCAAGUAACCUUCCUAAAGACUUCACUCUACUAGAGAACUGCACCUUGUCAUUUUGGAGCAACAGUAAUACCACUGGAACAUAUGCAGUUCAGAUGGUGAUGGAGGAUUUCCCGACUCAGUCCAUCUCUCUCUCCUAUACUGACGGAUCUCAAUCUAACAGGACCUCAAAUGAUACACUCUGCAAACUGGCUGUUCAGUUUGUAGUGAGAGUGGACCCCACGGUCCCAUCCUGUAUGGAGGGGUUGUACCUACCCAUGUUCCUGUCUCCAACACCAGCCCAGGGUGCACUGCUGUACGCCUCUGCAGACCAACCCCUGGAAAUCACUGUCAGAGCACAGGCUACUGUAUCACUCUGAGCUGCGCUGUGUGAUCGUCAGCGUUGGAAAGACAAGCGCCAUCAUAACCACAGCGGAACCAACAACCUCCCCUCCUCUGACAAUAAACCUCCCGACCACAGAGGAACCAACAACCUCUCCUCCUCUGACAAUAAACCUCACAGCCACAGAGGAACCAACAACCUCUCCUCCUCUGACAAUAAACCUCACAACCACAGAGGAACCAACAACCUCACGAGAGAGAUAG